AUGACUAUGUCAGAUUUUGAUCUACCAGCUGAAUACAUCACAGCGUCAAAUGAUCUCCGGUCGGACACGUUCACGACCCCGACGGCGGAGAUGGUGCAAGCGGCCAUGAAGUCUUCGAUCGGUGACUCCGUGUACAAGGAGGACGUGGACACGGUGCGUCUGGAGCAGACGGUGAGCCAGUUGGCUGGAAAGGAGGCCGGGCUGUUCUGCGUUUCCGGAACUUUGUCGAACCAGGUAGCGCUGCGGACGCAUUUGAUGCAGCCCCCAUACUCGAUUCUGUGUGAUUAUAGAGCUCACGUUUACACUUGCGAGUCUGCGGGGUUGGCGAUCCUGUCGCAAGCGAUGGUUAUCCCGGUGAUGCCUUGCAACGGCAGUUACCUCACUGUGGAGGACAUUGCUUCGCGGUUCAUUCCAGACGACGGGGACAUCCACUGCGCUCCCACCAGGGUUGUGUCGUUGGAGCAGACGUUGAACGGUAUUGUUACUCCGUAUGACGAACUGUUUCGUAUCAGUAGUUGGUGCCGUGAAAACGGUCUGCUGUUGCAUUGCGAUGGUGCUCGUAUUUGGAAUGCAUGUGUUGCAACUGGUUUAGCGCUCGACAGAUACUGCGAGCUUUUUGACUCAAUGUCUAUCUGUUUGUCGAAGUCUAUUGGGGCACCUAUGGGUUCCAUUCUUGUCGGUAGCAAAGAUUUCAUCAAGAAGGCGAACCAUUUCAAGAAACAACAAGGUGGGGGUAUCAGACAGGCUGGUAUGAUGUCCAGGAUGGCAUUAGUUGCUCUAAAUGGCGAUUGGAAAUCAAGAAUCCAGUAUUCACAUGAUAUUGCCAGCGAUUUUGCUCAGUUCUGUAUUGAUAAUGGCGUCCCUUUGCAAUCAUCUCCUGAUUCAAGUUUUAUAUUUCUCGAUUUACAAAAAGCCAAAAUGGACCCAAAAAUUUUGGUUGAAAACGGUAUCAAGUACGGUGUUAAAUUAAUGGGUGCCAGGAUUGCCUUCCAUUAUCAAAUUAGUCAAGAAACUCUAAGGAGUGUUAAGCUGGCGGUUAUUGAUACUUUCAAUUACGCAAAGGAUCAUCCAUAUAUUGCAACUUUUUCAAAUAAGAUCUACAACGAUACCUCAGCUGAAAAAGUCAACAGGAUUGAUUCGAAGUUGAACGGUAAAACAACUAGUACCUAA